UAGUUCGGUCCCGCAUAUGCGCAUGCAUGCAGGCUGCAGUAGGUGGCCCAGACACACUGGAAAUAAUUCUCCUUCCCGGAAAUAAUUCUCCUUCCAUUGAAGCGAGGAAAGGCAGCAAAGAGUGGCAACGGGUGUGAUUUGCACACCACGCGACUGCAGAGUCGAGUUGUAAACGAACUGGGAUGAGCAAGCGUGUCGCGAAGGUGAUACUGUAGACUCCGUAUACGCGUAGCCUGUGAUCAGUGUUACUAGUGUUCCGUGAGGAGUGAAGUCUAGCUUGAGCGCCACGGAGGUCAUUGUUGUCCAUGCAACGAUCCAUACUAGAAGAGAGAGGGAGACGAGAAAUGGACUGAUAGAAGCCGAGUUGCCAUUUGAGCACACCUCGGCGCUCUGAGGGAAGAGUGCACCUCUUCUUGUGUUUCGAUCCGUGCUCCAGUCUCGUGGCGUUGGAACAGCUGAAGACGACCAUGGAUGCAAUUGGAGGUGAACGGCGCUGCCGGUCCGUUGCUAGCUUGUACCGUGGAGCAGCACAUGGACGGUUUGGAUUGGUCUCUCUUCUCCUUUGCCUGAGCUUCGCGACCUGUUGUAUGGCAAACAGCCAAAAAGUGUACAAUUAUGCAAAGGGCGGCAACGAGAAUUGGAAUUGGACUCCAACCAGACAUUUAUACCAGGCUAUCUAUGGAACCAACAUUGCCGCCAUGACUCUAAUGUUGGUGGGGUACAAUCGCACCGACCCCAGUCACCAUUUCGUGGCAAUACGACAGCAUAACCUGGCCGUGGACAAGCGUUACAUGUUGAAAGCGGAGCUCAACUGUCUGCUGAACUACUCUAAAGGACCGGAUACGAUCGCUCCCGAGAGCGGCGUUCACACAAAGUGGUAUCGCAACGGUCAACGCAUACGUAAAGACCGCCUGGAGACGUACCUCUUCUCGCUGACUGGCGAGGACAGAUCCAUUCUCUUGCUUACCGACUUUCAGGACAAUAUGAAUCAUACGGAGGAGCUCAACGGGGAGUAUGUCUGUGCAGUCUACAAUAGAAAAGGACUGCUCAUCGUCAAGAAAACAUUCGAUGUCAAAAUCUUCUACCCACCGGAACUCAAUGGCUUUGAUCGAAGACCGUUGAUUGAAGAGAUGGCCAAAAAGGUGUCGGUUCCCAAAACGGGUGUGAUCUCUGUGCUGGCCAAGGGACUCUCCUGGGUUACUCUCGGCUGGCAGUUGCAGGUAGUACAUUUGAAGUACAACGUGGCCAAUGUCACCAAGAUCAUCAUACGACUGACUGGAGCAGCGUCCAAUCCCACACCCACCGAAAUCGACAACCCGGCAGAGGAGGGACAAGUCAAUAUUACCGGUUUGGAUCAAGACCAGCUGUACAAGAUACGAAGCAAGACGUACAACGGACCCAACCACUCUUCCACAGGCAGGCGUGAAGAAUUCCGCACCGAUCUCUUACCAUCUGUUGAAUGUGAGAGCACAACGCUGACUGUGGUUGCCGGUAGCAACCAGACAGUGGAAUGCUUGAUUCGCGGACGACCACAACCUGACAUGGAAAUGCAAAGGUUCGACGUGGACUCGCUCAAGACUCUCCAGAACAAAAAGAUCGUCAUACUCUCUUGGUCCAACAUGCACUAUGGUAUUGUACGCCGUUUCACCUGCUUCGACGUGUGGAAUAAAUACGACCGCAUUCGAACCUGCAUUCAGAAAAUCAUCUAUUGCCGGCCACUGCCAGUACCAAAGAAUGGCUUUGCGAAGGUCCUUGAUGGUCUCACCCCGAACGGUAAAACGAUAUUUUCUUGCAAGGAAGGCUUCUUCUUGAAUGGAACAUACGAGCGGCAAUGUGUGGACACCACAUCCAAAUGGGAUCAGCACCAACCAACGUGCUUAGCACACACUAGUCCAACAGCGGAGAUCGAGGGAGGCCCAUACCUCUUCAUGAGCGCCGGUAAACAGGUUCAAUUCAACUGCAAAGUAACCGGAAUCCCACCGCCUCGGGUCCAAUGGUAUGUGAACGGAGAUGAAAUCGAGAUAGAAAGACGUCUUCCCUACCAGACAAAGGUGUUUGUAGACAGCCAAGAUUUGAAGAAGCUACAUGUCAGAGCCUCGGUCAAUCUGUACAUGGACUACAAUGUUACUUGCACUGCUAUCAAUGAACUAGGCAGUGCAAAAUCCCAAGCAAUGUUGAUUAUGGCUGGCACGGCUGAAAAAGUGGACGUCUACGAACACGAGGAGAUCAGCUUGACUUGCCUGGACCUUCCUGAUCUACAGGACGUCAGUUGGAACGACUCGUUUCAGGUCACAACGGGCAAUGCAAGCAUUGUCCUCGGUCCACCGGCUGUACGCUAUAAUCAAAGUGUGAUUGUUUGCUACAACAGAGAGGUGGACAAUCUCAAAGCCUACGUCAUCAAUGUUCUUCCUGCUGAGUUCGUAGGAGAGUGACAUAUCUAGUAGCAAAAUUAUACUACAGUCCUGCUCAAUGAGAUCCAAGCGCGUCAAUCAAGUUUGUGCCUUGCACUUUUUCACAGCCCAGUUUUCGCAAGUCUAUGACUGCGCAACGCCCUGCGUAUACUUGAGGAAUGCAAAUGUAUUUCAUUGGGCAGCAGACUAGUAUGCAUAGCUUUCUAUUCCUAUCACUGUAAGACAUGUAUAUAUGUAGGACUCAGUGACCAGUCAAGGCCCCAUGACCAAUCACGGUCCCCGUGACCAGUCAAACAGUCACAAACUCCCCAUGACCAGUCACAAAUUAGUUUACCAGUCACAAUGCAACAUGACCAGUCACAAAUCACCAUACAUGUACAUGUGUAAAGCACACAGUUCGUGACUGCUCGCGGAGUGUUUCGUACUGCAGGAUUUGUUGUUGUUGUGGUAUGUACCUACACCUCACAGUUCCUCACUCUAUCACAUUCACCUGCUUCCACGCCUUCAUUUCACUCACCUUUUGUAGUAGCUCACACCGUCGGAACACUCUCACAUCUUUUCUUCUAAUUUCUUUCGUCUUCUCUCCCACUUUAGUUUUUUUUUCACACCUCACCUUGUAUACUUCCCACUAUCCUAUAGACCUAUAAGUAGUUUGUUUCUCCGUAUAGCCUCUAUUGUGAGGCGAUAUUUCCCUGAUGAUAGUCUCAAGAAAAUCGAUUAGGAACAUCAAUUUUUAUACAUGUAUUCUCAUUCAUCAUUUCGUAAUGUCCGCUUCACUUAUACUAUUAAUCGCAUUAAUAAAGUUAUUGACUCCUCGUCGCCUAUUCAAAUAUUAAAAUGUAGGUCCAUCGGUCCAAGACAAUGCCACACAGCGCCCAGAAGGCUUUAAGUUCUUUUGAAAGCACCUAAAAAUAACCUGAAUGUAACAGGGGAUAUCUCACAUUUGCUGUGCGGCCCGAACCGUAACUGAUGUUAUCACUUGGCCAUUUCCUUCCGCCAUGCUGGUCUUUUGUAGCUCUUUUAAUCUCUUGUGCUUCUGUUCUGUUAUGUUCUCUUCAUUCACUUCUCUACAGUGGUGCCAAUGUCAUGAGGCCA